AUGUCCCAUCAAGGUUUUGAUGUCAACAACGAGCUGGCUGUCGUGUUUUGGGCCAGAAUCGUGGGGAGAGAGCUGGUCGGCCCCUUUUGGGUUCAUGAAGUCGUGACCCAGCCGAUGGAGACUCCUUCAAAGAUCUCUUUGACGAAGGCUGAACUGGGCGAUGAUGUGACUCUGAUUUGUUCAACUACUGGCAUUGAUAAUAACCUACUCAGCUGGUUUAAGUAUGAGUUAGGAUAUGUGAUUAAAACUGUUGGUAAGAUUAAUUAUGGAAUAGUGCAAAUGUAUGGGCAGUUUAACUCUUCAAGAUUCGGGAUCAUUCCAGAAGCUAAAGGGGGUUCUCUCAGCAUAAGUAAUGUCAGCCAAGAGGAUGAAGGAACAUACUUAUGUCAAGCAGGAUCAUAUUUAACAAUGAGAUUUUUUAAUGGCAGUCACCUGGUUGUAAAAGAUCCCACAAAGAAACAAAAUGCCGUUCAUGUGCAACAAAGUUCAGAUGCAGAGUCAGUUUUCCAGGGAAACACAUUCAAUCUGCAAUGUUCAGUUCAGUCAAAGAUCAAGAAGAACCCAGAUCCGUGUUUGGGAGAACACAGAGUCUACUGGUACCAGGCUGGAUCAGAAACUCAUGCAGACAUCAUUCACGCAACCAGUCCCAGCUGUGAUGACCAUGGAAGAAGAUGCGUCUACAAUCUGUCCAAAACCCUACAGAACUUCUCCGAUUCUGGCAUUUCCUCCUGCGCCGUGCUCUCAUGUGGACAAAUUCUGUUUGGAGAAGGAAACAAAGUGCGGAUGAGUAUGUGUUAAACUUGUUUUAUGUAAAAUUGACAUACAAAGUUUUCAGGUUAUUAAUU